CCGCAUCGCCAGGCCUUGGUACUGCUAGAACUUUGUUUGAGAAUACAGAUCAUUUUUGGUACCACUUUGGUACUUCGCCAUACAAUGCCAACACACGAUGAGCAGCAGCGCGAUGCUCCAUCCGAUCGCAGUACUACUGCCAGAGAGGACAGCCAACGAGCUACACCAAGCGAGCAGCAGGAACCGCAGCCUCCACCAGCUCAACCCCAGGCGGUUUCACAACCUGGUCAGACGAGUAGUGCCGGCAACUCGUCCUCCUCCACGCUCGCCACAAGCGUGAGCUGCCCUGCAGCGGCGGUUACCACGUUUGGGGGAGAGUCGCUUUCAAAUUCCGAGCGGGACUACACGACGCCAGACCGCAACGCCCGCCGUGGACGCGCGUUCACCUUCGAGUCGAGUAGCGAUGGCAGCAAGUACUCGUAUCCAGGUACAGAAUUCGAAAAAAGUGUUGUGAGGAAAUGCAAUGUCAGCGUUUGUCACUUCAUCAUUUAUUUUUAGACACUAGCUUGGGUUUGCUUUGGGACCGAUUCGUACGCAAAGGCAAUAUUAUAAUACAGUAAAGAGCAAAUGCAAAAAGAGAAAUUUAUUAACAAAAUAAAUGACUCCAGGCACCAUUGUUUCGAUAUCGAAGCAACCCAGUCCCACGGCGACGCCCGGCGGGAGCCCUUGGGGCAGCCGGUUGUGGUCCAACAACGCACCUCACGUGAGCAGCAAAGCAUCACAGUAUUCUGUGCCAGAACUGCAGGAGGAAGAUCCUCACAGUGGUGCUGCUUUCACGAACAACAGUCAAACGUAUCUCCGGGACCCCGACCAUGCGGACGAGGUACAGCUGACGGGUGAAGUAGACCCCGCCGGGCAGCAGGAGUUAUGUGGAGAAAACGGGCAGCAGGGAUCUGAUGGUUUUGGACGCCCGUUGUCCUCAACAUCUUCUAGAAGCACCUCCUCGUCUGUGGCAGGAGAUGGCAAGAUGAAUAGUGGUUUUCAGCCGCCGCCGCGGCAGACGUCGUCAACGUCUUCUUCGACCGCCGCAACCGCAACUGCUUCCUCGAGCUCGUGGAAUGUGCGGAAGCAAUCCUCGAGAAGUAGCGCCACGAGAGCAUCAUGCGCCGCAGGAACGACGUCUUUUUUUGCGGACGUCUCAAAUAACAAGACCACAAAACCAAGCGUUCCCGAAGCCUCAUCAUCGAGUGGCGCAGUGGAGAAGCUCCGGGAACACGACUCAUCGAAACUGGUCUUAGUUCUUUUGCAGGUCUUCGAUCAGUGGGCCCUUUGCCUCGAGGAAGAAGUCGGACUUGCCACCCCGGCAGCGGCAGGAGCGCCGAGCAGUAGUAUAAUCGCUCCGGGGUCGAACGCUUCUAGUAGCAGCUCCUCCAGCUCAUCAGCGAUAAUACUUUCUCCAGAAACGAAACCAGAAAAGCAGGACGCAAAGGCUGCGGCAGCCACCGGAGCUGCUCUUUUCGAUCUAGACGCCUUUUUGCGCGACCCCGCCGAGGUGUUGCAGAAAUGGAAGCCGCAUGCGGCUGGAACUACUAGCGCCACGACCAACGUGAUGAGCGGUUCGGGGAUGAUGUACACCAACACCUGUGUAGUUCCUGGAAAUCCUACAAAUGCAGAACAAAACCCACUGCAACUUCAAGGAAUGGGAAGCACGACGGCGACGGAGGGUAAUAUCAAGGGAAACGGGCGGCCAACGCGAAGCAGAAAUGGCAGAAGAACAGCACGACAACUCGCCCCUGGCCUUCCUGCGCCACCCGAAAACUCGCUCCUGAUUCCGAAAACGAUGGCGGAUUUCCUGCGGUGUAGUCGAGACUUGUUGGAUCUGGUGCCCGGGAUCCUGAUCGAGCACGUUCUUGUGGUUUUUGACGUCCUCACAGACCGCCUCAAGAGCGACUGGUAUUGAUGAAGAAAAUCGGAAUUAAUGCGGCUUUAGUUCGUCGUUUUAACUUCGUCUUCGUGGAGGUGUCUGAAAAGGACUUCUCCUUGCAUGUUUUAUGUUUUUCAUUUCCUUUCUGUUUCUUCAGAGUGUGAAAAUAAACAUCAGGACUGUCCGCGAGGCAAUUUGCAAAACGGGGCUCGUGCGGUACUUGGUGUAUGUCCUGAAAAUGAAGCUCCGGUCCGUUCGCGAACUCCUGGAAAAAAACGCCUCGCGUGCGAACGAAACACAAGCAUCCAGACGGGAAAGCUUGCGGCGCCGGCCGUCUUCUAGCGGUAACCUUGUCCACCUCUCUGGCGCGCCAGGUGGUAGGCCGCGCCAGGUGGUUCUGUACGAACCGGGAUCUGGAGGCAUCAAGGUCAGUCACAGCGACGGUGCUAUUCACGGAUCAAUGUCGGAAACUGCAGAUGAGUUCGAUAGUGGCACAGAGGUUAGCGGUGACGAGGAGCAAAAUAGCGGACUGAUGGCGCAGCCUAUGGAAAUGGAAGACGAGAAGUGGUUUGACUCUGCAGAUCAUCCUGUGCACCGCAAAAGCACAAACUCGCUCACAGGUGGCGCCACUUCGAGUGGCAAGAAGCGGAUGAAGGGCUCUUCUACAAAGUCCGACCGCACCGGCGGUCUGCUUCGUUCCACGAACCACGGCGCGGCGCCGCGCGGCAAGACUUUGCGAUACGAGAUCGACGGAACAACUUCUACAGAUGGCAGCAACACCAACAUGCUACUUGCGGACCACGACGGCGGAACUGACGGCGCGGAGGAGGAGCGAAUCGACGUGCUGCAGUACCUGGAGGCUUACGCAAAGAACGCAAGCGUCUGCUACUCACUCUUGCAGGACGGAGAAUAUUCCCUUGCUGCGGUGAGAAACCUGUUCCUCGUGGAAAAAAUUCUGGCUUUCCUCCGGGAGUUUUUCCGCGAGCUGACGAUCUUCUCGGACACCGCGUACCUACCUGCGAAGUGUAUCGCGGAUUUGCUGGGCUUGGUCACAUCCAAGACAAUGCCGUGGAACAACGUCGGAAGCGCAAACGCUGCAGCUCCGAGCAACGAAGCAUUUAACUCCAAUCGCACUUCCAACGGGCGCCGUUCUUCGCCGUCCAAUCGAGGAACUACGCGAGGAGGCAGUGGCGCCCCAAAUCGGCUAGCGCCUCGUGCAUGGACGCAACCACCAGCGCAGAUGAUGGCGCCGCCGCAAUUCCAAGGGCCCUUUUUUGAUGGCGAAGAGGUUGUUGGCGGAGAGCAACAGGGGGCUGGAGGUUUUGAUAUCCCACAAAAUUCUGACCCCUUCUCUCAAUGGAUGACAGGAGCGGGCCACUCAAACUACACCGACCAGCAAUUUGAAAGUUGUGAGACGGGACCCUCAACGUCUACCAGUGCUGGCGCAGGAGCUUCCUCGAAAAGCGCUGCGGGGUCUUCGCCAGCAGUAGCUCCGCCCGCAACUGGUGCUGCCAUUGAUUUAUCCAUAACGCGGUGCCAGCACCUUCCGAUUUUGAGUGGGUUGGAUGUACUCAUCGAGUACUUGACGAGCUCGGCCGCCGUUUCCCAAAUGGUUCUCGACCAGGAGAAGAGACAGUCAAGGAACCUGGGGACGAUUAGUCUGGAGCAGUCAGAAACGAACGCAGCUAGCAGUGGCGCCACUUCUUCGGGCGAACAGACGGGCGAACAAGUAGAUGGCCGGCAGAGAAGCGGGGAAAACACAACGGAUCAGGUUGGUCGGUCGCUGACUGUUGACACGACGGAAUCCGCACUACUAGCGCCGGGCGCGCACCUACACGAGCAACUCCAGACUUCUGUCUCACUUGAUAUCCGAGACGACGGCGCUCCUGGCAACAGCAGCAACUUCGCUAAUGCUGGGCCAUCAGCAGUGCUUGACAUGACCGAAGGUGCAGCUCAUGACAGCACCAGCAACCUGCGGUCCUCCUCUUUGGCGCCUGAGGACGUGACGAUGUCGCAGCAACCGCAGUCGACACCGUCUGGAUCUGUUUCGUAUUCUACAAAACGGAGCACCGCGGCAACAGGCUCUUUUUCCGGAUCUUGUUCCUCGAAGGCAGGAGGUCGUUCGAGCAAGCAGCACAGCCUCCAAAAUCCCCUUCCAGCCGAAAUUCGGUUCCUGGACAACGACGGCACUGUGGAGAACCCAUUCGAACAGCGGAAGCUGGCGGUGCCGUUUUUUUCGUCGGACGCGAAGUUGUCGGAGUGCUGGGAGAACUGCUUGCUGGAAGUGAACGCUUUGAUCUUGACCUUGCUGGAUCGGGGGACAUUAGCCUUCACGUCCAACUACAUGAAUCAGUCGGAAAUGAUGUUCCCAAGCUCGACGCGCAACCGGAACGGAGCGCCGACCAAUGUGGCCAUCAAUCCGCACCUGUUUAAUCACGUCGGUGAGCAGCAGCAGCGCGAACACCCGGGCGGCUUCUUUGGUGCACCACCGGGAGGUUUUUUUGGGCGGCCUGCGGGAGAAGACCCGACCACGAGAGGGGAGAAUCAGCGCGGAGUGCGCGUUUUGAACGACACUGCGACAACCCACGUGGUCAUUCCGCCGCCUCCCGUGCCAGUGCAGGCUGGGCAGGUGCCUCCGGCCCGCUACACCCGGGACGAGAUGCUAGCGCACCAUUCUAAUCCGCACGCACCUCUUGCGAAUGAGCGGGACCAGGUACUACGAAGAUGAUUCGGCUCUGCUUCUCUUGCCAUUUUUGAGUGGCAUACAUUCGGAUGAAUUUGAAUUAUGUAUGCAGAAGGAGCAAUAGCCAGCGUGCUCAUAGCGUCUCUACCUCUAGGAUGACUUAGAAAGAUCUUCUGCUCACGACUUGCAGUGAGCGAUUCACUUCUUUGCUCUUUACACCUUAGGUCACAGCAGCGCCAGUGGCCGCUACUGCAGGCGGAGCUCCUACUGCGGAGGAACCAGCACAGCAAAACCAAAAUCGCGACGGGAACGAACCCGUGCAGAUACCCGCUCCGCGGGCAGUUUUGGAGCAGGAGCUGGAGGAGCGUGCGGGGGAAUCGAGCCGGGCGCUGUUGCGCCGCAACACAUCCACGAUGGACUCAAACAUGAACAAUCCGGAAAAUUGGUUCCUGGAAGGCUUCAACAACUACAUACAUGAAGAGGGAGAGGGUUUCGACCCGUACGAAAAUGACUGGCCACAGGAACCAGCGGAUGGACAAGGUCAAGAACCACAGCAAGACCGGCAGGCCGAGCGCGAGCCUGAAACUACUCCCGGUAGAACGGGGUCACCAGAGGACCGACCGAAUGUUGCCGUACCUCCGCAAGCAGCGACGUCAACCAGACCGAGGAGUGGAGGUCAGCACGUGGACGAAGAACGUCGUCCCGCAGCGACGCGACCGCAACAGGAACGGAACCAAACCCUUUUGGAAAGCGUGCGUCUAGAUAGCAGCUCCUCUUCCUCCUCCUCUAGUCACGACGAUGGAGGAGCUGCUGCCUUGCAACCCUUACCGGGCAUAAUUACGGGCAACAGACCCAAUCUCCUUUUUCAACAGAGAGACUUUGUCGCGAGCGCGUCGAAUCAGCAUGUGCAGAUCUUCGGCAACGUCAGCCUGGGAUCGGAAUCCAUGUUGGCGUCUGGAACUACCCACAAUUACAACCCCGGGAUGGACGAUUCUUUGGUGCAGACGAUUGUACUGAACGACGGGGGAGCGCGUGGGCAGGACCUCGACGGAUCGGAUGACCACAGUUCAGACUCUUUAGUCGUUACGCGGAUGAACAAUGGGCCCCUCUUGGACGAUUCCCUUUUGGUACCGAGACGCAACAACAGCGGCGAAACGGUAACUGUGCCGGAAGAGGGAGCGCGAGGCGAGAGCAGUGAGCAGCCUACUGGCACCAGUAAUACGGAACAAGGACAGCCGUUCGGAGAGCAAGAUCAAGUGCAGAUUGGAGACCACACGGAAGCUCCUGCGCCAGGCGGUAAUGUUGAAAGUAGCUCCGCAGUAGAGUCGAGGAACGGCGCAGCACCACUGGAGCAAGCAGUUCCUGCACCAGAGGCGGAACUGCAGACAAACGACAGAGAGCGUUCUCGUGGAGUUGUUUCAUUUCAUGACUCCUCCACAUCAUCCUCAUCUGCGGCCUCGCCGUCGGGAAAUCAUUCUAGUGCUGGCGCAAGGGGCCCAAUCCCAAAUGUUGUGAAUACUAUCGCGCAUGCGCAAACGCAAUCGACAUCAUCUUCCGCAGCCGGAGCAGGUGCUGUAGUUCUUCCUGGAACAACUGAUUCGCAAGCGCAACCGGUGGACGAGCAGCAGCUAGACCCCAAGACGCUGCGGAGGCGGCGAUCUAUCCAGCGCUACCACUCCGUUGGCAGCGAACCAUCGCCAAACCGCACCGCGCUCUACGAGCGACCACGUGCCACCACGCGAAACGGCAUGGCGACCAGUGGCUCUGCUUCGGCUUCUAGUUCAUCUCACAAUGUGCCUAGUAUUACACAGGCUGGAGCGACGAGACCGCGAUCGGAUGUUACAACUGAGCAGGCAUCUUCGGAGCUGCAAUCCGCUCUAUUGCCACAACAGUCCUCCCCCCCGUGGUCGCUCGAUUUGCAAAACUGUGUUUUCCAGCAACCGGCGCAACAAUCUUCUUCAGCCUUCCCAUCCUCGUCUUCCUCGAGCAGUGGCACCGCACGGAUUUCCGUUCCGGCAAAUUCCACGGGGCAGGUGCGCGUGAACUCUUCGCCUACGGAAGACGCGAGAUUGAGGUUGCUGGGACCGACGCUGUCCGUGCAGGAGGCACUGCAGCAUGCGAACGGACUCAUUGCCGCGGCGGCGGCCAGCGCGAACCUGUACAACAACACGGCUUUCGAUCAACAGGAAGAUGCGGCGGCACGAACACAAGGGCAAGCUCGAAUUGACACACCGCAGGCACCGACGGCGCGGCAAAUCCCCCAUGGUGACGACGUAGCUUCCGAACCUCAUUCUGGUGCAACUCGUCAUGGGCAGCAGGUCGUGAGCAUCAGUAAUGGAGCAGCACAAGAGCAGCCUGCGGCAGUUGCUGGCGCCGGCGCUUCGUCCUCCAGCACUUCUCUCGUUCAUCGCGAACUGAAUCUGCUCGAGCAGCACUUCCAGGAAAUAGAACGCACCCGGCAAGAGCGGGGCGGCGUGCCCGCUAUCGGCGCGGGGAGUGUUAUGUUUGACAACCACUACUACAACAUUCCAGCAGGAGCAGGAGGAGGUCCUUCGGGCGGUCAACUACGAGAUGGACAGAACACAGAGAACAACUCGAGCGCGGGAGGUCACACUGCAGCAGGCUCGAUGCCAGCACCUGGCGCAGCAUCCGCGGAUCCGGCGAACGUGCUCGCGGGUGUGCCGCACUGGCUAACCAACGGCCCCACGUACGGCCAGCUCGCGGCGCAGCAGCAGGUUGUGGACAACCGAAAUCGUGCAUGGUUAAGACCAGGACAGCGAGACCCUCUUCUCGCGAUACCGCGGAACAACCCACGUCGGCUUGCGCGUCACGACGCUGAUGGCGGGGGUAGCCCAGAGGAGCAGCAACGCGAGCUGCAUCAGCAGGUUGGUGGACCACUACAGAAUAUUGCGGGCGUGAAUGCUGACCAGCUUGGAAAUAACCCAGCGCCGCCUGCUGGACCGCUGGGUGGUGGAGCUGCGCCGAUGAUGCCCCCAGGCGUCGGGCCCGGAGCGAACGCUGUACCCGGCGCGCCGCCUUUGGCUCCGAUGUUCGCAAACCUGUUGUGGCCCGCGCUGCCGCCGCCUUGGCCGGCACCGGGCGAGGCCGGGCUCCGGGAGUUCGACCCCACGGCACUCGCUGAACACCAGCAGAUGCUGCAAGAGCUGGGUCUCGCGAUGCCUCCUCCGCCGGGGGCUCCUGGUGCAGCGGCGGGUGGAAACGUUGUCGGGCCUGCUGCAAUGCGGGCACGCAGAAAUUUGUACGGCGCGCCGCUUCCGCCAAUUUUUCCGCACCACGAACAGCCUAAUGGAGAGCAGGAUGUGGAACAAACGUUAACGCCACUCAGACCCACGCCGGGCCUCUUUGCACAAACUUUAACUGCCGGAACUUUUGCAGCAGUCUCCAUGAUCUUAGCCCGAGCAGCACGCGGUUGCACUUUUCCGAUUACAACGGCAAGUACUUUGUCCGCCGGCACUUGUGAAGGUAUGAUGAAGCACGACACAGGGAACUCCAAUCCUCUGUCACCGCAGCCAACUGCAAACUUCGCAAAUGGAGGAGACACACUGCCAAAGAACGCAACUCCAGUCGCCCUCAACCUUAGUUUGAUCAUGCAGUGCAGCCAGCUGGCAGCGUUCUUGAGUUGUCCACGAUUGAUCUACGCCGAUCGACCGAAUUUGACCAGUCCCUUUUGCCGUGCCAUCAAAGAGAAAGGGCAAAUCUGCGACAACUUGUUUGAGACGUUGGCGUUGCUGAUGGACUUUGCCACCGGAGCUUUCCGAAAAAAGCACGGCUGCAGUGCUCAAUCACCCGUCAAGCGGUGGACCGCUAGUACCACCAGAGCGGGAGCGGAGACAGCGCCAACUAGUGCGAGCUCUUCGCUGGUGGUUACAGAUUCAACAACGACCACAGGAGAUUGUUCGUCAACAUGUGGCUCGUCCCUUCUGUUUGAGCCAGGCAGCACCGCGAGUCAGCCCAGGCUUUUCGACGACGAAAGGUUGGUGCAAGUCGGAGGCACCUCCUCGACGACUCAGGAUCAACAUGUGGACGAUGCGGCGGACUUGUCCCCGAAGCGCUCUCCCUGGUGGUCUCACAAGCGAGCGCCAAGUGUGGAAGUGGUAUCCCGCACGGUCGGAGACUCCGGUGAAACAUUUUUGCAAAAGAGCUGCUCUGCCGGUGGAAAAAUGACUGGAGCGAGAACGUUGACCAGUCCGAUGUCAGCGACCACGAAAAGCAAGUCGCAGCCGUCCACGCCUUUGUCACCGCAGGAAUGCACGCACAUUGCCAGUUCUUGGAUGCUCAUUGUCGAAUGCCUCGGCAAUGUGUGCACCGAACAGGGCGGCACGGUCACUAAGGGGACGCUGAUUCCGGACGCGCACUCGCUCAAACUGCUCUCUGUGAUCGUGAAUGUGAUCCGGGAAGGGUACGAGAGCAAAGCUUCGUUUGUCAAGAGUCUAGGAACCAAGUUGGGCCAGCGCGUGGCGCACUUUGCGGCCGCUUUGCUGGUGGAGUAUUUGCGAAACGCGAUGCUACUGCCAGUCACGUUGCAUCAGUCCAGGCCGGGAAAGGGACAGGUAGAACGAUUUUGCUCUAAAGAUUAGUACUUAGGCUGGUUGGUGUAUUUGUUCGAUAACGCUUCCAAAUAGUUACGGUAAUGGAAAACGAGAAAUGAUAAAAUUCGUAGCGUCGUGUCCCGACUAAAGAUUUGUUCAUUGAUGGAAACACAGGUGAAGGUCCUGCCCCCGGAGCGAAAGCCGCAUGGGCUUGCGAAGCCCGACCCAAUGCUUGCGAAGUUAUUUGAGGACGGAUGCUGGGCGGACUUCUCCAUCAUCGCGGGAGAAGAGCGCCAAGAAUUUCGCGUGCACCGGUGUGUUCUGUACGCCUACGUUCCGUAUUUUCGAGGACUCUUUGGUCCGACACCCAGGUAGGCGAUGUUUGACAAACCGUUUCAAUUUUCCUACCCGUUUUUACUCGCAUGAUGUUGAUGUCCUCUCGUCAAAAGAAAGGACGUGAGAAAUGGAUCGAGCUUGCUACAUACAAUCUGUACGUAACCCUAGUAACCUUCUUCAACAAAAUCCCUCCUGUCUUCAAUAUCAAACUUCUAAAAAAUUAUGACCACCCCCCAGCUACUCCACGCCGGCAGAGGGCCUGCAGCGCACGAACAGCCAGUUUCGCGAGUCGAUGGAGGUUACUUUCCCCGAUAUCCCGGCCAGCCUGAUGCAGACGUGGAUUCGCUACGUGUACAGCUUCGACACGGAGUUGAUCAGUUCCGUGGAAGUUGCCUCUGAGCUUUUGCAGCUCGCGGACCGGUUUUGCCAGGCAAUUUUGCUGCGCGACUGCGAAAUGUUUCUGUUUGACCAUUUACAUGCUGGCAACGUGGACGUAUUCCUCGACCUCAGCGUGCGCUGCAACGCAUCGGCGUUGUUGGACGUCACCUCGGAACUGGCUCUGAAACUACUCCCAGACAAGUUGCAGCACAACACCAUCGGGGUCUGGUGGCUGCGCGGACACGCCAUGCUCACGCCCGACGCGAAUUGCCGUGCCGAGUUUGGCUGCCCAGCGCCGCAGGAAGUCGUAGAUCCACUAACGGGAUCGGUCACGGUGGUGCCCGCGAACGGUACUAGCAGUGCGUCUGCUGCACCUGCGUUGGGAGGAGGUGCUGGUAUCGCGGCAAAUGCGACAUCAGCGGCUCCGCAAUUAUCUUCCAGCAUUACUACAACGGUCACUGGCACAGCUGCCGGAACCUUACCUCCGCCACCACUGUUCCCUCCUAAUACAGCUGCCACGUCUACUUCAAAUAAUGCUGACUGUUGCGCACCCGGGGAAGAUUUGUGGGGAAGCGUCACGAACGCCAACAACAGCAUCGAAGCUGUGCGCAUGUCAGGGGCGAGCUCUAUCGCAUACAAUUCGACGCAGGAGCUGAACUGCGGCGCGCAGCCGAUGGAUAUCAUUGAGGAGGUACGGUUUCCUCAUGUUGCUUGUUUAGAACAUCUGAAUUACAAAUACAAACAGAGAUGCUGCUUAAUUACCACAAGAAAGAAAUUGAACUCUAAACCACCACCAGGAACAAGAUGACGAAGACAUGCUGGGCAACGGUUCGAGUGGGUCACAUAGGGAAGAGCUACCGUUGCUUGCGAAGGCGAUGCCGCAUCUGGACUAUGUGCUCGAGCGCGCUGAUCGUGUUAUAGCUGUUGGUUUUGGCGGCGAGCAUACCGCCCCGCCAGUGCCAGCAACAGGUAACAACGCUGAGCCACCGGCCGAGCAGGAGUAGUAAGCCUGAAUUGAAGUUUUGUUUGAUUAAAGAAAUAAGGUGUUUCACAAGAUCUAAUGACAGAUAUCAAGAUCGAGAAUAAAAUCUUUUUACAACUUGAACUGCGCCUAAUAUGCUUUAUUCUCGACAGACAUGAAGAUUGGCUUCAGUAGGAGCUGUUUGCAAUACUGCCACCGCUUUUACUAGUAGUCUAAGCGGUAGUAAUGAACUUGAACUUUUUUACUUUUUGUGCUUUUGUCCACUCAGUCUUGUUUCAGCUCUUUCUUUCAUACGAUAGUGUUACAAGUGUUUCAGAAAAUGCAAUUCUUUGUUGUCCUUUGACAGAACAACGCGAACCGGAACUCUCGUUUCCGUUUCGAAUGAACUUUUAUAGCUGCUAGCAACUGCUGACAGCAACCAGUUUGAGUUUUACCUUUCUACAAGGAGAUCUCGACAACGAGCUUCUUUUGUUGUGUAUCUAUACUGUAUCAUUUUGUAUCGGGGAAAUGAUGGAUACAACUCGCAUACCGGAGGUAUGUCGAGCGUUGAGCUGUUGGUUUGGUCAGUUACCGUUUCAGUUGAUACGCGAGAGUAUUACUAAAACUUUGCUUUUUGUUUUAUGUGUUUCAACUGCCUCACAGAUGAAUUUCCAGAGCUUUGGAAUCGCUAAUGAAUUUCAACUCCAAAUGUAGUCGAUUACUUUACCGUGCCGUAGAGUAGUUCUUUUUUAUCUGAUUUUACCUUUCAUCUUUCAGUGCAAGAACCUAGUAUAAUGUGCUUCAAGAAGAUAAGGACAAAAAUGAAUACGAUGUUUCGCUCUUUGUGGAGGUUUUUAGAGUUCUUGAUGAGAAUGUUGAUGAUGAUAAAGGGGACGAUGUAUUCGUACCAGUAUUUUUCGUUUCGCAGCGCUUACAGCAUCUGGUGGGAGAGCUGCUAAUACAAGACCCAAUAGAUGAGAAGCUUAUCUACUCCGUGCAACCUCAACGUGUGCAUCACUUGAGUCGGUCUAUCACCAUCGGUUUUUCCACCUUAAUAGCUACUAUUCGUACUACAUACGCCUGGUGCAAAAGCAGUUCGUUAACCGUCCUCGAUGAAAUAAACACGUUACAACUGCCCGCCCCUGGUGGGAAGGGAAGUCGUGACAGGGGCC